GCGCGCUCCCGGGCAUCCACAAGGGAGCUCAGCCGCCUCGCCUGCCCUCCCCGCCGCCUCCACCUCCUCCUCUUACACCUCCUCCGGCUGCGGCGGGAGAGGACUCGUCCGGGGACAUAAAUAAAUAAAUAAAUAAUUCCAUUCACCCGGUGACAGAGUGGCGAACCGGCGGCGGCCGGCGGGGGACGGAUCGCUGCAGCGCCCACCCUGUGCCGGAAACCAGGUAAAAUUUUUGGGAACCUUUUGAAGAACCAAGUUUCUCAAUAGAUGGCAUGAUAGUGCUGGAUUGCAUAAUAAGCCACUGAAUGGACUCUCAUUGUCUGAGAGGUCAUCCUUGUUUGUCCGAGGCUUUCUCAACUAUUUGGAUCAAAGUGUGCAGGAAAUGUGUUGGGAAACGACUGCACACUAAGUCUCAGAGUCACUCUUAAGAUGUGAUGCUUUCCUGUGAAACCUUAGACACAGGAAUCUUGGAAACCAAAGGACUCUAGGACUCUGUGCCAAUAGAGCUGCUUUAUAAUCCAGAGUCUGCUCUACCUCUCUUCCUUUGUAUCGCCUUCAAAUAUCACACUUCAAGCAAUAGUGACAAAGCUUAACAAUAUCACACAGAAUCCAAAGAAAUCUGUUCAAGCGAGCAUCUGUCAACAGGUUACUUGAAUUUCAAGUAGAGGAGUGGAAAUGCCACCCCCAGCAGUCUCCCCACCGCUACAUCCACCUCCUGAUGGAGGAUGGGGCUGGGUAGUGGUUGGAGCAGCUUUUAUCUCCAUUGGAUUUUCAUAUGCAUUUCCCAAAGCUGUCACAGUUUUCUUCAAAGAAAUUCAGCUAAUAUUCAACGCUACCUACAGUGAAAUAGCAUGGAUAUCAUCCACUAUGCUAGCUGUUAUGUACGCAGGAGGUCCCGUAAGUAGUGUUUUGGUGAAUAAAUACGGUAGCCGGCCAGUGGUGAUGGUAGGAGGUUUGUUAUGCUGUUUGGGAAUGGUCACAGCCUCUUUUAGUACCAGCGUAGUAGAGCUUUACAUCACCAUGGGAUUCAUUUGUGGUUUAGGUCUAGCCUUCAACCUGCAGCCCGCCUUAACAAUCCUUGGCAAGUACUUCUAUAAGAAACGGCCUAUGGCGAGUGGCCUUGCAAUGGCAGGAAGCCCUGUUUUCCUAAGUACACUGGCUCCUUUCAAUCAGUACCUCUUUAAUACUUAUGGCUGGAAAGGAAGCUUCUUGAUUUUGGGAGGUUUAUUGUUGAACUCCUGUGUGGCUGGGUCCCUUAUGAGACCUGUUGGACCCAAACUAACUACUAAGAAGUCUAAAAAUAAGGUUGGUGUAAGAGCGACUGAUCCAGGCAUGAAGAAAAAACAUAAGAAGAAAUCAAUAUGGGCAAAAAUUGAUAAGUAUUUAGAUUUCUCCCUUUUUAAGCAUAGGGGAUUUCUGAUAUACUUAUCUGGAAAUGUCAUUAUGUUUCUGGGGUUCUUUGCCCCCAUUAUAUUCUUGGCUCCAUAUGCUAAAGACAAAGGAAUUGAUGAAUAUUCUGCAGCUUUCUUGCUGUCUGUUAUGGCUUUUGUUGAUAUGUUUGCCCGACCUACUGUAGGAUUCAUUGCAAACUCCAAAUUAAUCCGACCCCGAAUCCAGUACUUCUUCAGUUUUGCGGUUUUGUUCAAUGGAUUGUGUCAUCUCUUAUGCCCGUUGGCUGAGGACUACCCAAGUCUGGUGGUGUAUGCUGUAUUUUUUGGCCUUGGAUUUGGGAGUGUUAGCAGUAUCCUCUUUGAAAGUCUCAUGGACCUUGUUGGUGCUCAACGAUUUUCCAGUGCUGUGGGUCUCGUCACAGUUGUGGAGUGUUGCCCCGUCCUUCUUGGUCCUCCUCUUGCUGGUAAAUUGGUGGAUGAAACUGGACAAUAUAAAUACAUGUAUGUGGCCUGUGGAGCUAUUGUGGUCCUAGCCAGCGUGUGGCUGCUCAUUGGCAAUGCUAUCAACUACAGGCUGCUCGCAAAGGAAAAGAAGUUGAAAGAGACAACGAAGAAAAUACAUACACCUGAGUCCCGAGAAUCUGAAUCCUUGAAGACAUCUAAAAGUCAUGAUGUUAUUGUCAAAAGUAUCAAAAGUCAAAAGUCAAAAGGAUCAGGGGUUAAUCCCUCAGAAAGAGAAACUAAUAUUUAACAAGAAUCACAUCUCUGAUUUCAGUGUGUAUGACUUUCUUAGGAGUAUUUUUUUUUUCAACAUAUUAGAAGGUUUUUAGUUGAAAUGAGGAGUCAUAAUUAAGGAUGGAAAAGAGAUUUUCCUUAAUGGCAACAUUUUAAAAACUUUGUUUUUUAAAACUUAUUUGGGCAGUUAAAUUUUGAGAUUAUGCAGAUAAAGAAUUCAUGCAAUGGGCUUAUUUCCAUACAUGACUCUGGUUGCGGUGGUUAAAAUGAUUUUAAAGUCUUCCAGUGACUUCCAGUCUUGGUUAUAGAGAUCUGAAUCCCAAACCACUGGUUUAAGUAGUUAGAAGGAGUGUGUUUAAUCCUGUAAGAAUAUCCUCUCCACAUUUCAUUUUUUAUUUGAUAUUAAAGUGUGAAAUGGAAUUGAAGGAAAUGAAUUUUUCCCAAACAUACACACACUGACUUUCAUACACUUAAGAACAAGCACACAGGGCAUCUGGAGAAAAAAGACAAGUUCAAAAAGAAUAUUAUCACUGUAUUUUUUUAAAUCCAUGGAGAAAAAAGAACUGUGUUAUAUCUGCAUACUACUUUACAGUGUGGAUUUUAAAGAUAAGAACAUGGGUGAAAAUGAGGGUGGCCUUAAUUUGAAAAUACAAGUAACUGCUGUAAAAAAAAAAAAAAAAGCAUAUGCAUAUAUGAAAUAAAUUUGAAAAGACUCCAUUUUAAACCAUUAUUUCUGAGCACUGUCCGACUUGAUUCAUGCAUGCACAUGAUUUCUUUGAGGAGGACCACCAGUAUCUGGUGCUAGUGAAUAGAACCCUCAAAUAAUUUUCAGAAUUUACUAAUAUGUAAAUCAAAUUAAAAGCCUAAAUGACUCCUAGCAAUGAGCUGUCUAUUGAUUUUAAAAGGAUUUUAGUUAGUAAUCCGGAAAGUAAUAACCAGGGACUUCUUUUAACCAAACUCAAUCCAGACUCGCUGUUAUACUGAGACAUCAAAGUGGAAUCAACCGGAAUCCUGGGUGACAGGCUUACAUAUAGGCAAAAUUUAAAUUUUUCCCAACAUAUAGUGGUGAUCAGAGGGUUAUUGUUAUGAGGAAUCCAUCUGAGUAAAGCUAAGAGUGGGAGGUGCUUAUAGUGAGCCCUCCAAGCUCUCUCAUUUCCCUCUCCUCCAUGACAAGCAAAAGCAAAACACAGAAAUCCAAACAGGCUUUUUACUCAGCCACUGAAAAUAUCUCAUAUUAUAGGAAAGGUAGCACUUGAAAAUUCCACCCUCUACCGAUAAGCUUUCCUGCUGCCUGCGAGCAUAACUAAACCAGGAGACUUAAAAACGGCUUCUAGAACUGGAGGUUGUGUAUGAUUUGAUAUAUACUUGGAAAGUGUAGAUUUAGUUUAUAACUUGAUAGAAAGAAGCCUGCAACAUGCCAACCCAGGUUAAUUUAGCAGUUUCUCAUUUUCAUAACUAUGUGAAAACAUCUGGGACUGAAUCACUCUUGAAUACAGAGGCAUAGGAUAGAUCUGUGCAUUCACAACUAUAAAUACCAUUUUGAGUAAGUACUUUUAAACAAGAAAGAGUUUAUACAUUAGGUGUAAAGUUAUAAAUAUUCACCUUUAUAAAUCUGAAGUUUAAAUUAAGGUCAUGAUUAAUAAAAAGAAUUUAGUGCUUGAUUAUUGAAAUAAUGUCAUUCUUAAGAUGUCAAAAGGAAUUUCCCAUUCUUCUUACUAUUAUUAUUGCAGUAGAGGCAGGUGCUAUUCUUAUUUCCUUUAGGAUUGCACUUGGAUUCCAAGCUUUUGUGAUAGUUAACACUAGGGAUUUGAUUUGUAAACUUUAGGCACUGUUUGAGCAUGUGGCUCAUGUUUAGCAAUCUAUAAAAACUUCCAUAUUUCAAUUAAUAUUCACUUUUUUGCAUAGAGAAAGGUGUUUGUAUUUUUAAAAUAUUAACUAAAACAAUAUGUGCCAAUACCAUAGGUAAAUAAACCAGGGAAAAUGUGACAAUAUAUAGUUGUUCUUAAUUUAGUUUCACCCAAUCUUGAGUCUUGAAUGAGCUAUUUUCAUAUUAUUAGUGUUUGUAUUCAACUCUGACUUGUCAUAAGAAGUGUGACAUCAUAAAUUGUUCAGUAGCUUUCCAAUCUUAAGUGUUUCCAAAAAAGUGCCUUGAAUUCUCUGAAGAUACAUAUUUAAAUUAAUAUAGGUAAUAGACCUCUGGGACAAGUAAUGAUCAUGGGGUUUUAGGGCUAAGGCAUAGUCCUUUUUAUCACCUGCUGGUGGGUGCAUUCCAGUGGCUUUCUCCAUGGAAGGAGGUUUAUUUACUUGCUGCUGAGGUUCUUGUCAAGUCAAAACCAAUUUGUAUUUGUUCUAUUGCUCUUUGAUCAUCUUCUUUAACUUUUCAUUUCUAACACUGAUUAUAUUAAAUUGUUAAAAAAGAAAGGGAAGUGAAAUUGCACAUUCAAAGCACAUGACAUGAUGUAUACAGUCAUGCCUGGCAGUAGCACUGCACAAAGUUACAAAUAUGGAUGCAUCUUAAUUCCUAUACAUAAAUGUUGAAAGUUAAAUCACAACACACUUGAAACAGUGAUAUAAACUCACACACAGUUUUCAGAAUUGUUUCAGGGUAAAAUAAAUGUUUCAAGUUGUUUACUCUCCCAAAUCCCCUGAACUUGUUAGAAUAUUUGUUGCUUGAACAGAAUCUUUCAGAGAUUGAGAAGAAAAUAUCAACCUAGAACACUUAUUAUUAUAAAGUUGCCUAAAUGAAGGAGAAAAUAUAGUUGGCUUUCUGCAACAAUUAGUGAUUAGUCAUAAAGUAUUUCUUCCUCAAGGGAAUGACAGGUUUUAGAUGGUCAAGAUGAAGCAUGAAGCAAAGUCAGAAACCAUUAAAAUACCUUUUAGUCCAUUUUUCUGUUAUGGAAUUGUGCAGAAGGAAGGUUAUCAUAAACCUGGGUACCAAAAUAAUUCAUGAUCACUGGCUAGUUUAAGUAUUUUUCCAUUUGUGAUAACAAGACUCCUCGUAUUUUUCACCAUUUAAUCUUAAAUGUUCCUUCACUAAUUUAUGAAUGCAAUAUGGGAUAUAGACAUGUCCUGACACAUGCCCAUCCUCUUUCUUGAUCCUUUUUGGAGCCAACCAGCACAUAUUUAAGAGGCAGUUGGGUCAGGUUCUGGUGUGCUUCACAUUGGAAGACAGGAUGUUUUCUCAGUGUAAAUUGACAUGGCUCAUAAAUUUCACUUCUUUAGUACCAAGUUCUAACCACCUUAUCUCAUGGGUCUCCCCUGGACACUAGGAAAUAAGUAAAAUAAUUUGGUUUGAUAUAUUUGAAUGUACACUUUAAAAAUCUAGGUAUUUUUUACUCAUCUGUCUCUGGCUGUACUUGGCAGAAAAAAAGACCAUAAGAUGUAUGCUGAAAAUGUAAGUUUUUAUAUUGAUGUUAUAAAAUGUAGAGGUAUACUUAAUCAGUUAGUUGAAACUUAUUUUCCAUCCAAAAAUACCUUUAAAAAAAAACCCCUUACAUGUACAAUGUUGCAGGCUUUUAAUAAAACAAAAUAAAUAAUCAUGAUUGUUAGGCUCAAAUUAAUAGGGAAAAAGGAUGUGAAGUGGGAAGGGAAUGGAUAUUUAUGUUUCCUGCAUUUUGCCUAUUUGAUAUUCAAAUCGAAUCAUAGGUAGAGGCUGUUGGCCUGAUAUAAUA